AUGAGUCGCAAUUUCUUCCCUGCUGUUUUCGCUAUCGGCGUGGGUAUCUUCACAGGCUACUAUACCUUCCAGCCAACAUUCCAACAACUUCAAUAUGAGAGACAGCACGCUCAGAAGACCUCACCUCCGUCUGAUCCUGUUGGUCUGAAGCAGGACACCAAUACUCCCACCAAAGCCGACUCUCAGCAAGAUCCCAAGUCAACGACUCAAUGA